UCAGUUUGUGUAAACCAGGUGUGGAGGGAGCAGCAGAUCCCGUAGAACAGGUGGCAGUGACAGUGAAAACAUAUUUAAUUCCGAUACAUUUGUAUGAUGCAUGAUGCAAUCAAAAUUAAUCCAGGAGACCUUUUUCUAGGUUAAUUUGUAGCAUGAAGAGUGUACUUGUAUACCUCUUUGUAUUUCUAGGACAGAUAAUUCAUUCAGGUACAUGUAGUUGUUAUAUAUCUGCAGAAUACCAGGGGGUUUAUCUCACACAGUCCCAGCUAAUACAGGGUGGAGGAGUUGACUACUCCAGGGUGGAUGUACUCCCCAACUCUAUACCUAACUGGGGGGAGUGCUACAGGAAAUCUGGAAGAAAUAUUAUAUUAAAGCAGUCGGUUAUAAACUGCUUUAGGUGUUUAAGACUUAUCUUACGAUCACAUUCAAUACUACAGGUGUACUCUCGCAGUUUAGAUAAAUGUUAUACUCGUGAGAGUACAGCUGUACAAAGCUGUCCUACAGACCAGGAGGUUCUGUACAAUCUUUACAAUCAAAUACAUACAAGGAUUCUCUACAGGAUUCAGGAUGGAGAAGGUGGACUAGGAACUGUCCCUUCUUACUGUCCUAUCAAUGGACAAUACACAUUUAACUACAUUCAGUCCCCCACCCCAUCCACCUCCUCUUCAUCCACCUUCUCCUUCCCUACCUCCACCCCGUCCUCGUGCACCUCUGACAUGUCGAGGCUGUCAAACUGCCCCCUGGGUUCCAGAUUGAACCUCAGCUACAAUGGUUGUAACUUUGGAAGUCGAGAAACCGGUUUUGAGUGUCUGGGUAGCUGGCCUGGAAGGGAUCAGACGGAGUCUUAUAUCGGGUUUCUUGAGACUGGACCGGAUACAAGCGGACCUAAGUAUAGAUGUGGGUUGUACAGCGAGGUUCCUGGUACAGGGGAGAUAUAUCUAGCACUUUCUCAGGAUUCCACCUGCACCAAUCAUCUCAAGUCUUCGACAGAGGGAUAUGAACAGUACACACUCCGUCUUAAACCAACUUCGGCCUGGCCAAGCCUUGUCACAAAAACAAGAUGCAGGUUUCCUGCAUGGACUGAAGGAUAUUGGGAGGAUCUUUAUAUAAACGAUCAUACAAUGGUUUUCCAGGACAAAAAGAAUUUCAAGACCUACUCGGCACAGUGUAUUCAGGGUUCAGAGAAGAACAAGAACAGAUUUCUGAUCUACGCAAGAACACAAUGUGGUGAGGAGUUGUAUAACUGCGUCUGGUUUGAAGAACGAGGAUCGAAUAUUCUAGAAUUCCAACUUGGUCUCCGUCCUUCUCAAUCCCCUUCCUUCAACCACUGUGAUAAUGAUCAUUUCCUUCAGAGAACAUGGUUCACCCAGGCUCGGCAGAACCCUGUAGAAGCCGUAUCCUGUCCUAUAUCCGGUGAGUUCGUCGGCGCGCUACCGGAUGCGCCAGGUCUCUGUGGCAAGAUGACGUCAGACUGCUACAAACCCGACACUAUGUUCUACUCCGUCAGUGACUGCAGUAACCGUACAAACAUAUACCAAGGUGUUGAGGAGAAAAAGGAGGAAGAAAUAAGAAAUCAAGGUUUUCAAGAAAAUUCAAAUUUUAUAUUUCCUUCAGAUGGAAAUAGAAGAGGUGGAUAUUUAAAUCCCGAAACUAUGAGUAUAGAUGGAUAUUCUCAUCCUAAAACUCGGAUUGAAGAUGGAUAUUCUCAUCCUGAAACUAGGCCUGAAGAUGGAUAUUCUCAAUCUGAAACUGGAUUUAAAGAUGGGUAUUAUCAAUCAACUGGGAUUAAAGAUGGAUUUUCUCAACCUGAAACUAGAAUUAAAGAUGGAUAUUCUCAACCUGAAACUGGGAAUAACAAUGGAUAUUCUCAUCAUGAAACUAGUUUUAAUAAAACUAGGAUUGAAUCUGGAUUUUCUAAUCCUAAUCCUACCACUAUGACGUGGGACGAGAACACUAAUAUUGUUUGGAUAAAAAGACCAGAGUAUAUUGCCUCUAUCCGACCUCUGCGUAAAAGAUCAAUUCUUAAACGGAGUGAAAGAUCAGAGACCAAAUAUACUCCCAGUCAGGUUUAUGAUCCCUUUAAUCCCUGGACCAGCUCUGGAUCCUACCUGGAGCUAACUCCGUCCACCGUCUCCUCCAGGCAUUACAGGGGUUCAAACCGUGAUGGUCUUCCUGAUCCAGUCUUCUAUUGGAUCAAAGACCCGGAGAAAGUUAAGAACCCUGUUGACAAAGUUGAGGAUACAUCUGCAGCUAAUGAAAUCCUUGAGGAAGUGAUUCUUAAGAGAACAGAAGAAUCUGAAGAAGGAAUUUCUCUGACUGGAGAUCGAAGAAGAAUAGGUUCUGUUUUAGUGUCAACUAUACUUAACAAAGCAUUUAAUCAAUUCAAAGGAGACAUACGAAACAUAAAAGAUGUUACAGAAAAACUAAGACAUGGAGUGGAUGAGACAGAUAACCCUAGAAAGUUAUUGUAUCAGAUUGCAGAUAGACCGAGAGAAAGAUUGGAACAAACUGUAGAUAGACCAAGAGAAGGUUUAGAUCUUAUUGCAGAUAGACCAAGAGAAGGUUUGGAUCUUAUUACAGAUAGACCAAGAGAAGGUUUGGAUCUUAUUGCAGAUAGACCAAGAGAAGGUUUGGAUCUUAUUGCAGAUAGACCAAGAGAAGGUUUGGAUAAUAUUGCAGAUAGACCAAAGGAUGGUUUGAAUCAGGUUGCAGAUAGACCAAGAGACGGUUUGGAUCAGAUUACAGAUAGACCAAGAGAUGGUUUUGAUCAGAUUGCAGAAAGAUCAAGAGAUAGACUGAAUCAAACUGUAGAUAGACAGAAAAUAAGAUGGGAUGAGAAUGAAGAUAGACUGAAAGAUGGAUAUAAUCCAACAGAGAACUCAAGAUUUGAAUAUUCUUCUCCAAGAACGUAUUUCCCUGUUAACAACAUGUUUUCCCACCCAACCUCAAUCCGACCAACAAGAACAACAUCAGCAUGGAUGUAUUCUACAAAUACUUUCAGACGGCAAGAAUCUGCAGAUUUGAAUUAUCCACCCUUUGAAAUCGAAAGUGUCGUUCUCGACACCUUGGAGCCCAUUUCAAGUCCUCAAGAGGUUUUAGAGAUUAGAGAUGUGAGGAUAUUUCCUACAUUUUCUUCCCUAAAGGUUGCUGAAGAACGAGAAUAUCAAUGUUUGGGAGAAUGGAUGGAGGAUGGUGUACUGUAUACUUACACACGAAGGAAAGAUAUUGAUGGUUAUGAAUGCUUUGUCGGUCAAACUAAUUCUCAGGGUAAAGUAUACCUAGCUGAAUCAGGCAGUGAUUGCAGGAGAGGAGUCAGAGUUCAGGCAGUUGGGAUGGCGCUUAAUAGGAGAAGUAGUUGCUUUGAACCUUCUUCAGACCUUCCCUUUCCUGUUCCUGGAGAAGAUAUCGAACCUGUAGUUGUACCUGGAGAUAUUCCUGGAGUUGUUCCUGGAUCCGAACCAGAAUACUAUGAACAAUCUACACGUCGACCUUGGCUUCCUAUUUUCGGUGACUUAUCAAGCUCCUCUUCCCCAGUGGCAUCUUUUCAUUCAUCACUUUCUUCCUGGUUCCGCCUAACUCUGGUGUCUAUCCUUGUCAUCUUGAAAUCCUGAAAUCCAGAUUUAUAAACAAAAUUUUCACGCGGCAUUUUCUUGAAAUAUUGAGUUACCUGAAUUAAAAAUAUUUUUUUCUUUAAAAACUUUAGUUUAAUCUUAAUGUUCAAUCUUAGCGCCUUUUAAAAAAAUUCCAAAAGUUAUGAAAACCGUUUUUUUUUAAGGAUAAUUGAACUAUUCUAAAUAAACAACAACAUUCUAGAUAAACACUAAGAAUUUGAAAUUGAUAAAAAUAAAUUUAAAAACAUGUUUUAAAAAAACGGUUUUAAACAUAAACCAAUCUUCCGCUAUUUGAAAG